AUGUAUCAAAAUUAUCAUCGUUGCACCGAAAGAAACGGAGCGAUACAUCAAUGAAAGUGGGUCCCAUUUUACCAAUUCAGAGAUGAGAGUAGUGGGGCCACACUUAGCUGCUGCUAUACCAUUCCCAGCUGUGUCCUCUUCACUUCCUCUUUCCUCUCCUUUACACUCUUUCUUCAUCAUUGAAUCAAACCAAAGAAAGAAAAGAUCUUUCUUGUCAAAUAAAGCUUUUCAUUUUCUUCUCCUUAGUAAUCCCUUUUGUUUUCUACUCUGAAGAAGAAGAAGAAAAAAAGAAGAAGAUAGAGACCCAUCUGUGAUUUCAACAAAGAAAUCUGCCCACUGGUACUUUGCUUGAAACUGAGUUUUUGUAGAUGGGCUUAAAAUUUUUGGAUCUUGGUCUCGGGGAAAUUGUUGAAAAAGUAGACAAAAUUUCUGAAUUGGAUGUUUGUCGGUGGUCUUAAAAAUAUAUUCUUUCUUAAAUUUAUUUCUCUCUUUUGUUGAUGAGAAAAUGUGGGAAAAACAGCAAAAUCUAAGUUCUUUUUCUUUUUGCUAUCUAUUUUAGUUUCGAUACUUGGUAAUAGUAAAAUAGUUGCUUAAUUGUGCUACUUUGUUGGCUGACUUGACAAAUAUUGUGGGACAGAGAGAAACUGGAUUAAGUCAACAAUCCUGCUAUUUUCUUUUGUCAUGAAAAAGUAAAGUUGUAUGCAUUGUAUACAUGAUUUUCUUAAAUUUCUUCCUUUUUUUACCAUCAUUAGUCUUGCCAACGUAGUUUUUCAUCUCUGCUUAUGGCAAAGGUUUUUUGUUAUUAAUCACACUUGUAACUUUACUUUUCUCCGUUUAAAACAUGUGUGAUCUGGUAAUGCAUAAGAUGCACAAUUUAUGUUUCCAACUUGAUCUUUUGAUUUGAUUCUGAAAAAGGUUGUUUUGGGGAAUGAUCAGAAGAUGGGGAGGAAAGGAAAAUGGUUUUCUAGUGUAAAGAAAGCUCUUAGCCCUGAUCCCAAGGAGAAGACAGACCAGAAAUCAAAUAAAUCAAAGAAGAAAUGGUUUGGAAAGCAACAACUGGAUUCGGAUUCCACUUCUUUAGAAAAUGUCACAAUGCUGUCUCCUCCUCCCCAACCAGAAGAAGUGAAAUUAAUUGAGACAACAGAUGAAGUGAACCAGCAUACUUUCCCUGUUCCAGUUGCCACUGCUGCAGUACCUGAGCCUGCUCCGACUACUGUCCAAACCAAUAUUGAGGUUGUUCAACUGACCAAGGUAAACAAAUAUGCUGGCAAAUCAAAGGAAGAAGAGGCGGCAAUUAAGAUUCAAACAACAUUCAGAGGAUACAUGGCCAGAAGAGCAUUGCGGGCUCUGAGAGGGUUGGCGAGGCUCAAAUUUCUGAUGGAAGGGCCUAGAAUAAAAAGGCAAGCAACACAUACCCUCCGCUGCAUGCAGACUCUAGCUCGGGUGCAGUCACAGAUUCACACAAGGAGGAUCAGAAUGUCAGAAGAGAACCAGGCCCUACAGAGACAACUCCUACAGAAGCAUGCCAAAGAGCUUGAAAACUUGCGGAUUGGAGAGGAAUGGGAUGACAGUCUACAGUCGAAGGAACAGAUUGAAGCUAGCCUGCUAAACAAGUUUGAGGCCGCUACGAGAAGGGAAAGAGCACUGGCUUAUGCUUUCUCUCAUCAGCAAACUUUGAAGAAUUCUUCACGAUCUGCAAACCCCAUGUUCAUGAAUGGGAAUCCUUCCUGGGGUUGGAGCUGGUUGGAACGAUGGAUGGCAGCCCAUCCAUGGGAGAGCCGGAGCUUGAUGGAGAAAGAACACAAUAACGACCACUCAUCUGUAAAGAGUGCCAGCCGCAGCAUUACUGGAGGAGAAAUAAGCAAAUCUUAUGCUCGCUACCAGCUCAAUUCUGAUAAAUUAACUCCAAGAGAAAGUGAAAGGCCAACCAAAACCACGAACCUACAGUCCCCAUCAACUCCUAAAAAGCCAGCUGCUUCUACAGUUGCUAGAAAAUUGAAGUCAGCAAGCCCAAGGAGUAACAUUGGGGGCAUUGAAGAUGACUCUAGAAGCAUGGUCAGUGUUCAAUCAGAUCGUAGUAGAAGGCAUAGCAUUGCUGGUUCAUUUGUGCGAGAUGAUGAGAGCCUCGGAAGCUCUCCAGCGCUUCCAAGUUACAUGGUACCUACACAAUCUGCAAGAGCAAAGUCCAGAAUACAUAGCCUAUUGGGAGCAGAAAAGGACGGGACACCAGAAAAGGAAAAGGGUUCCUCUGGGCAUACAAAGAAACGGCUUUCAUACCCUCCAUCGCCAGCCAAAGGAAGGAGGUAUUCUGGCCCCCCAAAGUUGGAAAGCAGCUUCAAUGCAAGAAAUAGCGUGGCUGCUGGCGAGGGAAUUUAAUUUAAGUGUUGAUGAAGUUGGGCAGAGCAAUUGUCUGUUUUAAGAAGUGGAGAAAAGGAGAGGACGCAAGGAUCAUUUGAUUCCUGAAUCAUCUGCUUCUACUUCUUCUGUUAACUAUUUAUUCAUUGGUCAGAGAAAGAUCUGCAGUCUUUUUAUUCGUUCUUUUCUAUUUGUUUAUAUUUACUCUUAUUUCCAUUGUUUGAGGUCUUUAUAUUUGUACUGAAAAAUAAUGUUCAAUAUUGACUUUGAGACGAUGAUUUUCUCUCUUUUAAGAACGUUCUUUUAAUCUUGUUGAUUUA